UGUAAUCUGGCAAAACCAUAACAGAACGAGUUGAUUAAUACACUGUGCAUUGCUGUUUAUUACCAUUUAUUACGUUCAGUGCCGUUAUUUGUUUAUUUUUUGAUGAUUUCUGAGCUCCUGAUCUUACGAAACUGCAGUGGAAAAACGAUUUGUGUGAAACGUAGAUAAUGGUUGAUAACUAGAGAAGGAAGGAAGAUUAACCUUAUUAGUUAUACAAAUUGUUAUCAAAGUAGAUUAAUGCAAUUUAGGAGGGGAUAUGAACAUAUCACAAGACAUGGAUCCAUUUCAUUAGAAACAAUGAGCAAAUAUUGGUGUUUCCUUUUAAUUCCUCUAAUAGGACUGUGUUUCCUAUUCACAGUGAACACAGCCAGUAACAGUUUGAAAUUGGUUCAAAUUUUAUUCAGGCAUGGAGAAAGAAGUCCACUGGAAAGUUACCCAUUGGAUCCACACAAGGAUCACAAAUGGCCUGGUGGAUGGAAUCAAUUGAGCAAUAGAGGUAAAUUAGAGGAAUAUAAUUUGGGCUUACAAUUAGCUGAGAGGUAUAAAGAUUUCUUGCCAAAAAAGUAUCACUUGGAAGAUGUUUUGGUUCAGAGUAGUUAUGCAGAUAGAUGUAUUAUGAGUGCACAGCUUGUCUUGGCUGGAUUGUUUCCACCAAUUAAAGAUCAAAUAUGGAAUACGAAUUUAAUGUGGCAACCAAUUCCUGUACACAGCAUUCCCAGAUUUAUAGAUAAUAAAAUAGCUUUGAAAAAGAAAUGCUCUAAGUAUGAUGAUUUAUUAAAAGAGGCACUGAAUUCUGAAAGAAUACAAAAGUUAAUUGUAAACAAUACGCAGCUAUUCGAUUAUAUAACAACAAAUACCGGAUAUAAUGUGCAUGAUAUUGGCACACUGGAAACGCUUUACAACACCUUGGAAAUUGAAAAACUUAAUGGUCUGCAGUUGCCCGAUUGGACAAAGUCCGUGUUUCCGGACAAAAUGAAGGAUAUAGCUGCAACUAGUUUGGCAAUUUUUACGGAAACGCUUAAAAUGAAGAAGAUUCACGGAGGAAUGUUGCUCAAAGAGAUACUGGAACACAUGAAUGACAAAGUGAAUCUUACUUUGGAUCCAAAUAGGAGUUUGUUUAUGUAUUCUGGUCAUGAUUUAACAGUCGUGAGUCUUUUGAGAGUCCUUGGAUUUGAUGAACUUGUCAAACCAGAAUUUGGUGCUUCUGUAAUAAUCGAACUUCACGAAGUUUCUGAUAAAUAUAUUGUUAAGUUCUUGUAUAAAGCAAAUCCUCUAGCCGAAGUGAAUGAAUUAGUUUUGGAGGAGUGUGGAAAUCCGUGUUAUCUAGAGAAAUUCACGAAUGUUUCAUCUAAAGUCAUACCUUCUGAUUGGGAAAAGGAAUGCCAAAACUAAAUUAAUUAUGUAAUCACAUAUGUUAUAUUUGUUAUCAAAUUUAUAUUGUCUAUUUCAUAAAAAAAAAACAAAUAAAAAUAUUGUUUAUAUAAAUAUUAUGAUGUUGAGUACGUUCGUGUGAAUGAAUAAUGGAAUUUCACUGUUCGUUUAACGUACAGCAAUUUGUAUAUUAUACAACUGUCAAUAUACAAAUUACAGUAUCAUUAUU